UGUGUUUGGGUUGACACCAUGAUGAAAGGGGAAGAUUCUGAGGAAAUAGAGAUUGACUUGGGGGACUCUGAUGAGUCUGAUGACUACAUUGACAGGGAGGAACCACAGCCGCUGUGGAAGGCCCCUCCUGUGUUGGAAGAAGAGGAGAACAUUCACACAUCUGCAUUAGUGGAAAUCAGUGACACCAAGCCUCUGCUCAAUAUCAGAGACCCCCGAGGUAUCAAUGACUGCCUCAAGGUGAAUUUUGAGGAUGUGAUUGCUGAGCCAGUGUCGGUGCGCAGCGGGGACAGAGUGUGGAUCUGGAGCCACGCUCUGUUUGAGGUGUCCAGGGUGUGGAUCUACAGGAUAGUCACAGUGCUCCUGGCCAUUCCCAUGUCCAUUAUCUCUGGUAUCCUCUUUGCCAUUCUCAGCUGCCUGCACAUCUGGAUGGUGCGUCCAUGUAUCCGGUGCAUCUUUGUUGGCACACAGUGGCUACAGAGCCUGUGGAGCAUUGUGCUGGACAUCAUUGUGCGCCCCUUCUUCAUGAGUGCUGGCAGGUGCUGUGGAGGCUUCAGCAUUCACCUGGCAAAGGAAUAAGACAGUCCUGACCCAUGUGGGAGGCAUCAAGACUGGGA